AGGGGCUGGCAGCUUGCAAUGACACCUUGGUCUUUCACGCCAGCCACACAUGCUUCUAUCCAAGUCAGUGCCAAGCAGCUCGCCAAAUGGAAGAAUUACUCAAGAGGUCAAAGUCAGAGGUUGUCAGGUCUGUGCUGCAAGAAGUGCAAGGUCGAAAAGGGCCGCUCCCAUCAGUGGUGUUGCGCGUGCAAAGGCUGUCGUCAGGCUCCAACGCACCUCACAGCAAUUACGCGUACGACCUUGUGCUCCCGUACCUUGCGGCCUACACACAAGCCAACCAGCUUGCAGAUAUCUCCGUGUCGGCAGACCCAUUUGUGGCCUUUCCCAUGGCCAAUUUGAUCAUAUCCAAGGGUGUCAAGGUUGUCCGAGAGAGUGACGAGGCGCUGAAGAAGAGGUCUCAUGCGCAAGUUCUGACGCUGUCAGUGCGCCCCGUUGCACUGAAGGGCACGUGCCAUGGUCAAACCGUUUACCAGUCAUCACUUUUGUGGAUGUUAGACUCCAGUCGCAAGGUCAGAAGCCAGACCACGGAGGACAACCGCUGCAGUCUUUUUUUCAUAGCAGGAUGGCUUCAUGGUGUCGCGAUCGCCUGGAGGAAGUGCUUGCCUCCUUGGACUCCGUUUCAGGUGCAAGAAGCAAACUGUGACAGAGGAGACGCAUUUGGCAUCCGACCGGGCUGCAGCUUGUGCGCCUGGCUGCAAAACGGCAAUGAAUAGGUCGCAGGUGCUGCGAGCUUUACAAAAAAGGGC